AUGUUUGCGGCGAUGAAAACCGAUGUCUUCAUCGACGAUUCCGUUGACUUUGUCGAUCGCCUACCGGACGUGGACCGGCUCGAACAACUUCGUCUGUACGAGCUCGAUGAAGGGGGCGAGAUUUCCAUCACGUACACCUACCUCUAUGUUCUCAUCGAACAGAUGCUGCUACUGCGCGAGAAGCUUUUGUAUGAUCGAGAUCCCGAGUUUCUUCAUCUGUUCCCCGCCACAGUUCAUCGUCUUAUGCACGGUCCCGAUGUUAUGAAAAGAAUGGGGCCGCUUCGUGAGUACUCGGCUUGCGGAACGGAGACGAUGAUGGGUUACGUCAAAGGGGGGAUGAGAAGCAAGUCAAAACCCGUCAUUCGGCGGAGAUGCGGAGCAUGGUGAUGAUCCUUCGACUCAAGUACGACAUACCUACAAUGAACGAUCUCCGGGACAGUUCGCCGAGGGAUCAUGCCUUGCAUGCCCAGCUGCCGGGCUAGAAGCUGCACACGCUCAAGAAAACGGCGCGACACCCUUCGCAAACUUGACCGAAGAAGUCGCAGUCUUCCACGGAGGCAGUGUCAUGUCGAUAACUCUCUGGGGUCGAAUGCAAACGACUACACCAAGAACCAUCUAUGCGAUGGAAUUUGGCAGCUCGCUCGACGAAGGAUGGCGGCGCCUUGAGGGUGCAGGUGCAUCGGCAGUCACGUUGCUCGGAUCCGGUAACGAGAUGCGAAACACGCAAGGCACCGUUAACUGCAAGACGGCUAGAUUUAUGCGAGUGAGUACCACCAAAUCAACUCAUCACAUCUGAUUUCAGCGGAGAUAUUCUUGACAGCUCAUCUGGGAUCCACAGAUGUCAAUGGAGGCCGACAUUUCACAGCGCGCCGGCGAAGUUGUGUGUUUUGUUGAGCUAGGUGUAACAACGCUGAAGGAGAAGCGAUUGCUUUCGUUGGUCGAUGUUUUCCCAGUUGCCAUGGGACAUCCGGGGGUUGUACGAGAGAUUCGAUGUGGAUGGUCCUCGCACCCUCAGCCUGAUCGGCGUCGAGCGUCUCCGCCAACACGUGUCCAUCAUCUCGAAUACGGGAUGCGGCCGGGCCGCCUCCCACCGCGGCUGA